AUGGAUGGUGAUGGGAAUUUCGUUGGGUGGACACGCAUCUUGGCACAUUGGCACACACGACCUCGCGUAUCCCUUGUGGUCCCGGUCAUUGGAUCACCAUCAUACUUGACCUUGUUCCAGCAUCGAGCAGAGGGCCUCGGCCUUGCACUCGCUCCACCGUACCUUCCAGCCUCGCUCAGACGCGAGAUGGAACGCGCGACGCCAAGAGUCGAUGCAUUUAAAGGCAAAGAUGUCCUCGUCAUGAGUGGAGCCGACGACAUGCUCGUACCGUUUGAAGAGAGCGGGUCUAGAGAGUUUACGCAACGGCUGAAAGAUGCGGCGAUUUGCAGGACACUCGAGGUGUGGGUCCAACCCGAGACAGGACAUACGUGCUCGAUUGAGAUGAUAGAUCGCGCCAAAGAUUUCAUCUGGACAAACGGGAUCCAACCGCAUACACCGACACCUCCUGACUACAUUAACCAGUCCCCCCACCGCCUCGCCCUCCUUGGCUUUUUGAAGGCCUCGCCGGAACCGGAACCCGAGCCUCCUGAGUGCGUAAUUAAGAGUAUGUGGGCGGUACUGCGCGGUACGGUACGCUGGCCCGUGACAAUUCAACUAACCGAUGACGCUCAUGACAACGUGGCUACCACGAGUUCAUCACCCUCCCCUCCCUGCCCCCUGGAUCAUAUAAUAGGAGACCGGCUGGGAAGUGGAGUGGACCACGAGGUCUAG